CUGAUGUUUUUAUUUUUAUUUUCAAGCAUGCUGUAUAUACUAGUUGGUGUGUUUUGUUUGAGCUUAGCUUUUUGUACUUUGGAUGAAUCAAUGAAUAAUUGCAAAACACUUUGUGGACAUGGAUUUCAAUAGCGGGUAUACAAUAGAAAAGCAACAUAUUUUUGGAAUAGUAUGGUAAUUAAAUACUACUAUGUUGAAUUGUGAUCAACGUUUGUCAGAAUUUUAGCAACAUACAAGGUGAAACAUACAAAGAAGAGCUGACUCGCUGCUUCAUCAAAACAGUCGCUAUGCAUCGAAUAUCAGCUAUCAUCAUUUCAUUUUUAUGGAUUAAUAUUAUUUAUGGAGAAGAAUACCUGCGCUUCGAGGUUGAACCUGAAGAUAAUAUCGUGAAAAUUGGAGGUAGAGCAAGGUUGAAAUGUCUCACACGAAAUAUUAUAUCGAUUCCCCAAAUCACGUGGUACUUCAAUGACGUCAAGAUAGUUCAGGAUCCAGAUGCUUCCGAUUCACAGAAACAGCGUAGAAAGCGAAACAAAGAAGAUCGAUCGACGUUAUCGGACGAUCCUUACCUUAUACAAUCAGAAUCUAACUUGAUGUCAACAUCUUCGCGUUCGUUUUCCGAAUCACCGCGAAAAAAUUUCUUUCGAUAUUCUAAUACGAAGAAAACUAGGAGAAAAGAACAUAAUCGCAAAGGAAAACGAAAAAGGAAAAAACACGAAGACGACGAUUUUUUGUAUCCGACUAUGAGCCGGUAUGUCAGAAGCGUCGAUGAAACGAAAACUAUUGAUGCAAAAAUAUAUGGAAUUUCAAUAAAAAAGGGCCGUCUAUCCAUUCAAAAUUUUACUGAGAAAAAUCAAGGCUCCUAUUUUUGUGUUGCUGCAAAUCAAGAUGGUGCAAUAAAAAGCAAUGUAGCUUCAUUGAAAACUGCAUAUAUUUCAAAUUUCACCUCGUCGCCACAAGAAAAGUUCAAUGCAAAUCAUGUUUACGCAGUAAUACCAUGUGCAAUGCCUGAAAGUCGUCCACCUGCUAAACCAAGAUGGAAAGUAAAUGAGGAAUGGAUUGAAGACACAGUCGAUCCUUAUAUGGUAUUACCGUCUGGUGCUUUGCUGAUUAGAAACGUGACGUCAUUGGAUCAAUCGGUUUACCGAUGUGGGGCUUUCAACUCUAUCACUGGAGAACUGAAGAUGGCACCAAAGUCCAUUACUCUCGAAGUAGACGAAAUAAAGCCAUCUUCUCAGACCCGAAUGAUUUAUCCGAGUUCUGAUUCUCAACAGCCAUUUAACGUAACUGCUGAAGUUCAUCAAACGAAUGUAUUGUUAGAUUGUAUUUCUAAUGAUGACACAGAAUUGAAAUGGACUCGGGAAAAUGGAAUUAUGCCAGACUCAGCAAAAAUCAGCCGAGCUGGAUUGUCCUUGGAUGUGGCUUGGGAUUCUGGACAAUAUAGUUGCAAAUCACCAAACGGAUCCAUUUUAGCAACAUACAAUUUGAACGUAAUCGCGAAACCAGUAGCUGUUAUUCUCGGUCCCGAUAACUUUUCAAUCAAAGAUGAUGAAAUUAUAACAAUGGAAUGCGGGGUGCAUUAUUAUACUGGACUCCACACUAGAUGGGAAUGGUAUCACAAUGGAGAAAAAUUGAAGGACGCUAACGAUUCAAAACUCAAUGUCAGCAUUUCAAUUGGCUUCUCUUCCGGAUAUUAUCAAUGUCUGGCUAUCAAUGACCUUGGAUCAUCACACAAGAUUUUCAAAGUCGAAGUUGUAAAGGAAACCCCAGAAUCUCCUCAGCCUGUUCAAUCAGAAGAAUAUUUUACAGCAGAAACGGACUCGGACGGCGUCUCUACUCCGGUUAUCGAUAGAUCAAGAACACCAACACAAUCUACCUCGCAUACAUUAACAUGGAGUACAAGUGAUCUUGACGUCAAAUUAUUCAGCAUCAAAUAUUAUAAGGAGCCUGAUUUUGUGGACGGAGCUGCCAUAAACUAUCCUUGGAAUGUAGUGAACGUACCAGGCGAUCAACGCAAAGUUGUUCUGAAGAAUUUGGAACCUUCAAGCACGUAUGUGGUAGAAAUGGUCGCCAUAAGUCAAGCUGGGACAAGGAGUGACGUUGCUAUGUCAAGUUUCAACACGGGAAAAGAACCAGACCUGACAAAAGUAAGUUCUCCAGAUACACAAGUUCCUAGUACUAAUCCUGACAAACCCAGGAAGAGGGGUAGCGGUGGAAAGCGAAAUCCGGGUGGCGAUAAGGACAAUGAUGCAAAUAUGCCGAAAGCACCCUCGCGGCCACAAGUAACAGCUAUUUCUGCUCACAAAGUGUCCUUGAUGUGGAAUCCCCGAGGAAACGGAGGUUCACCUAUCAUCGGUUACAAAAUUCAAAGGAAAGAUAUGGAAGGCAAAUUUGGAUGGGAAACGAUAAGCGAUUCAAACGUUUAUCCCUACGAGAUCGGCAAUCUGCAAAGAGGCAAGACUUACAAAUUCCGUGUGAUAGCUUACAAUCAUUUCGGCGAUUCUCAACCAUCAUCAGCAUCGAAACCUUAUCCUAAACGAAGAAGACCUCAGCUAUUAGAAGAUCCACCUUAUAUAAGAGAUGCUACAACUCAGGGAGAGACGGACAUCGUCAUAUACUGGAAGUUUGAUAACGUCCCACCGUCAUCUAUUUCUGGAUAUUACAUUUACCAUCGACCCACGGACAGUGAUAACGAAGAAGAUUACAAAAGAAAUGUAGUAGAAAAUCCUACUGCUACUUCGUAUGUUCUCAAAGGUUUACAACCAGAAAUGCAAUACGACAUUAAAAUUCAGGCCUUCAAUAGUCUCGGGCGAUCACCCUUUUCCAACGUUAUGCUGAUUGAAACACCGGAACCAGGCGGACCAAAUAGCUCGGUAACCAUAAUUGAUAACGGACUUCCAGACCCUGUUGCAGCUCCGGAUGUAGUUAUUCCGGAUACAGACCGGAACGAUCCAGCGCGCGACAAAGCAUAUCAACGCAAUACGAUGUUCCUUAUUACCGGAGCUGUGAUCGGAGUCGUACUCAUUAUUUUACUCAUAUCCGUGUUUUGUUACUGGAGAAGACGGAGCGAGCAGAACUCUCAAGCAUCACCUGGAAUGAAACAUAAAAAUGGAUACAUUCAAGGAAAACCCAAUCACAUUAAUAUGAAGAAGUUAGAUUCGAAUGGUCAUCUAACACCGAACAGUUCCAGCGAUGCUGAUCGUUAUUGUCACUCUCCUCAUGACACUAGAUGUCAUUGUUCACGUCACCAUAGCAACCAUUCUAGUCUAGGAAGAGAAGUAGACUACUCUGCAUACCCAAUGCCUCAUGGACCCGGUUAUCCGGGUAAUUGGAGCCCCAGUAAUUACCCCAACAUACACUCAAACCCAAUGCAUAUGUAUGUGGACCACAGGCACCCUUACUACCCUCCACAUGGGUUGGGAAGAGGUAUGCCUGUCCCUGGCGGCCCACCAAGUUGGUGGGUUAGGGGCAAUAACGGAGAGUUUUGUCAUAUAGUUCCGGGCGACGCUAGAAAACUAGGUGGUGAUGGGAGUAUACAAGUGAUGGGUCCUUACUCAGCCCCAGGGGGACAUAUGGUAAUGAGGACAUACGACGGGAACGUCACCACGGGGGAUUACGAGGACUCAGUACAAAGGCCGGAUAACGGUUACCAUAGUAACGAAGAUGGCACAAGGACAAGUUCGGAUUCCCAAGCCGAGAAAUCUGACGACGCUACCCAUGACGAUGACGCGAACAGCGCAGGCGCGGCGACAUCCGGGGUCGUGACCCUCAACGAUGACGUCACCAUCGAUAGCCGUCCGUCAUCCCCCGUCGCAGAUGACGACAACAACAAUGAUUCAGAUCGAGAUUUUGUUGAUAGUAGUUAUCCAGAAACCGAUCGCCCGGAUAAUCCGGAUACUCUUGUAUCCGAAAAGAUUGUUCUUCAAAGCGUAGAUAGUGAAAAUUUGCCAGAAAAUUGCGACAUGGCCGUUGAUGAAAAUACAAUUUUUUUAAAUAAUAAUAAUAAUACAGAGACAAAAUCGACAUAGCAUCUUUUUUUUUUAAUUCCAGCGCUCAUAAAUUCAAAAUUGUUGAAUUAAGCAAGUUUGUUAGUCAAUGUUGUAAAUUCCAUUCGUAUUUCGAAAUCCGAGUGUAUUUUACUUAAUUUUUAACAGCACUGUCGUUUCGCCUCGAUGGCACGAUUCAUCUAUGGCCAUGUUUAAAAAUACGACUUCUUGUAUUUGGGUUAACGUGCAAGGAUCUCUUUCACAAUUUAUUUUCUACAAAAAUAUUUUUAAAAUCAUGUUUCUUUUUUUAAUAUCCUAUUAUUUUGAUUUUUUUGCAUGAAAUAUUUUUAUAUCUUAUAUAUCAACACAGCCAUAUUAUUGCAAAUUUGCUCCUUUUUGUUCAUUUUUACAAUAUUUUAACACAUGCGGGUUCUGCAUUCGCACACACAAUCUGCACAUUUCUAUUACAUUCAAUGAUAUACAAUUUGUUUAAAGGUGUCGAAACUCGAUGUACGAUUCGCUUUAAAAAUAAUAUAUUCCGAGAUAUUUCACGGUCAGGCCUACUGCAUUAUUCCGUUGCCAACUUACAAACAAGCUUCGUUUAAUUUUUUAUUCUUAAGCUAGCAUAACUGGGUUCAGUAUGGAAAAUUUAUUGUGUCAAUUCGCACACCUUCAUUAAAUUUAAUCCCUGAACAGGUGGAAGUUGUAUUGGCAGUUAUUACUUACAUUACACGUACAGAAAUUAAAUACUUUACCGACACACGGUUUUUUUUUGGUACAAAAUUUGGUUACAUCUUUUAGCUGUAUUUUUCAUCCGGUAGCCAACUGCACCAUAAUGUUUGCGAAAGCAGUAUUGAACAGAGGUGAGAAGCCGUCCUGCAAGAUUUGUUCACACAUUUAUUUAAACUUUUUCUGAUAUUUUUCAUUCGGUGCCUGACCUCACAUCAUUUAUGUUUUGUUCCCAUUAUUUUUCGAUAUUUUAUUGUUUAUUUGUGUGUUAUUUUUAUAUUUACAAAAAGUUUCAUUUCGCUCUACAUAUUGCACUGUUAUGCCGCAUUCUGUCUGAUUUUACAUUUUCUUUCCACGCGGUAAAAUUAUUUUUAUUAUUAUUGUUAAUAUUCGACAAGCAUAGGCUAUUUUAUCUCCGUGUGGGAACGAAUAUUUCUGUUUUAAUAAAAAACGAAAUCGUAAUAUUUGCCGCGUUUACCUACUUUGUUCUUGAGAAAAUAUAAGAAUCGGUAUUCUG